AUGGAAGAUCUGUUUUUACAGUUUUUACACAAAACUCUCUUCUCUGUAGAAAAUGACCAAGCAAAAAUCCAAGCUUUUGAUUCCAUAAAAUAACAAUUAAAUAUGGUAUCUCAGCGCUUCUCGAUCGGCAACACCGACUCCUUCGAGCACAUAUCUAAUUAUAUCCGGCAAGGUUUUACCAACCUUAAAUGGACGGCAAUGGUAGAUAAACAAUUCUGGUAUAUGGUUCAGAGCCUAGCCCUCAGUCUAAAUUUGGGAUUGGGUUUUUACCUCGGAGGAAAGGAGAGUUCAGGUUUUGGAAAGGGCAAGCCCAGCAAGGUCUACAGGAAGUACCUAGACCAAGGGGGCAAUUACCUAGUGUAAAACUGGGAGUUACACCCCAGGAUCUGGAUUUUCCUUUUGCCGAGAGGCCACCAGAAAUUCCAUUUUUUGAAAUUUUUGAUAGGUCAACUUCGUAACUCAAGCAGCAAGCCGCAGAAGUCCAUAGCCGCAAGGAGAGGAGUAGACGUCUAGGGAAAUCUCACUUCAGAAUAUCAAGCCACCAGGAGCUGAAGAAGGAGAAAGGCAGUGUCAGGGCUAAACUUGGCCAGCGAACCAUUGCCCCAAUUCAAACAAGGUGGAUCCGAAGACGGCGCAAAGCAGGUGAACCCCAGUGUUGGAUACUUGGUGACUGCGCAAUCAAAACGGCAGACGCCUUCUAAUUUCUAAGUUAAGUUAAGAUUCCAUAAAAUCAGCUUAUGAACUUCGAAAUCAAUACCUUGCAAGCCCUUCUUCAGCUCUUUUAGCUCAGCUUGAAAAAUUUACCGAUUUUGAAUCCACUCAUGAGCAUGGUCCUCUAUCCCACGAAGUGGAGCACUCAGACAUCAUUAAAAUUAUCCUUCAAUACCUUCAAGACACCCAGCUAUCCAAAUCCUUCAAAACUCUUGAAGAAGAAUCCCAUAUAUAUUGGUCAGGAAUAGACAGCAUUGAAGAUCUCCAAUCAGAAAUUAAAGAAGGAAGCUGAGACCACGUCUUAGAAAAGCUAUCAAAUUAUAAGCUUGAACAAGAAAUGCUGUUUUACCUGUAUGAAACAAUUUUCCUUGAAUUAAUACAAAAACAAGAAUGGGAUAAUGCUUUAGGGAUCCUUAAUUCCCAAGUUUUAAGGAAACUUAAAGAUAAAGAUCCAGAGAGGUUUAUGAGGCUUGAAAAACUUGCAGGGAGUCGGCAUGAAGUCAAUGAUAUUUAUGCAGGAUCUUUUGGGAUGGCUGAAAGAAAAAUUUUUUUGGCUGGAAAAAUAGAGGAAUAUCUUGAAGAAGUGCCAAAGCAAAGACUGUUGACUAUUAUUUCACAAGCUUUGAAAUAUAUGAAAAUACAAAAGCAGCUGCCAGCUGCAAAUGAGUAUGAUUUGUUGAAAGGAAAAGCAAGGGAAUCUAAAAAAAGUGAAGAGUUUGUAUGCGAUUAUUUAUGACUAAGACUCUAAAAAUUUUUAAAAAUUAAUGAAUUCAAUCUAUUUAAAAUAAAUUAUUUAUGCUUUCAGUAAGAAUAAAUUGAUAUAAAAUAUUUUGAUAGAUACUUAGAAACUGAAGAAGACUCGAAAAUUAACUGUUUUUCAUAUACGCCAGACGGGAACUGCCUUAUUACAGGCAGCAAUGAUGGAUUUAUUGAAGUAUGAGACCCAUACACAGGCAAAUUAAAGACUUCUCUAUUAUACCAACAAGUAGAAGAAUUCAUGGUGCAUGAAGAAUCCAUUUUAAGCUUGGCUUGUUUAAAUGACUAUAUUGCAGCUGGCGACUCCUCAGGAGAUAUCAAUAUAUGAAAAAUAGCAACAGGUCAAUGCUCCAUUAAAUUUCCCUCAAUACACAAAUCAGGCGUAAUUUCUUUAGCAUGAAGUGAAGACUCCAGCAAAGUUGUAGCUGGAAGCCCUCAAGGCGUCAUUAAAAUUCUAGGCUUAAAAGCCCAAACUUUGCUAGGCGAAUAUCACAUGCACUCUUCAUAUGUGAAUUGCUUACAAAUAAAAGGGAAUAAAUUAUUCUCUGCUGGAGGAGAUGGGACAGUUGUGAUAUAUGACUUGAAAAGAUUUACAUGAAUUUCAACUUUAAAUAUCAUACAAACUGGAAAUCACCAAAUAAUUUAUAUAAAAGUUAUGAAUUUUAAUGAAAUUUUUGUAGUUUGUGCACAGGGGAAUGCUGGAAUUUAUAGUUAUGAAGGAGAAGCUAUUAAAUCUUUUGAGACAGGCUUAGAAGUUUUAAGUGGCGAUGUCAGUUCUUUAGGAAAAUUCGUAUAUAUUGCAAAUCAAGGGAAGGUAAACAUAUUUAAUUUGCAAGGUGAAUUUUUACAUAAUUUAGAUGUAAAAGGUUUAGCAAUAGCAAAAAUCUCAAUUCAACCUAAUAGGGAUUCUCUAUCAAUUUUAGACGAUUAUGGGAAAAUUCAACUAUGGACAGCUUAA